AUGGUCGUAAUAAUGGAUUUACAUGAGAAAGUGUGGGAGGAGAUGAUCCUUGAUAAGAAGAUGAAGAUGCUCAGUGUACUUCAAUCGCAGACAAAGUCGGCGGCACCUGCUUCCAUAAAGGAUGCGCCGGGCAAUGUCAGUAUCUGCAGCGAUGGAGGGAAUCACAAUGGCGUCACAAUGGAAAAGGACAAGGAUGCACCUCCAUCAGAGGAAACAGCAACGGACAACAACAACGUGGUCGCCCUCAAGCGCCGACGCGAAGAGCGCAAGGAAUUCCAGAAGGACAAACGGAGAUGCACCAUCGAGAUCAGGCGCCAGAGCGGACCCACUGCCUCAUCUGAUAAACGAGAGAGACAGAAUCGUCGGGCGCAUUCGGAGCCUCGUGAAGAAGCCGCAAAUGCACCAAAAGACAACAAUCUCAUCAGCAUCAACAGGGAUUCGCUCCGGGAGAAGGUUAACAAGGAUGUGAAAAACCCCAAGAUCGAGGAGGAUUCUCGCAAAGAACAAGCUGUGCCGCCGCCCCUCCCAAUCUACCCCAUGAAGAAGGCGAAGCUCGUUGAUGUCAAUGAUCAUUUGACGUGUCCUCUAUGCCAUGGGUACUUUGUUGAUGCUACGACAAUCGUGGAAUGUCUUCACUCAUUUUGUCGUACUUGCAUCAUCAAACACCUGAGCAAGAACCAAUUCCCAUUCUGUCCUGUGUGCAAGUUUCAACUCGCGGGUACCAAACUGCACCAAUAUCUUCGCAGUGAUUCAACGCUCCAGGACAUCGUAUACAAACUAGUUCCUAGUCUUUUCCGUAAUGAAAUGAAACGAAGGAGAGAUUUCUACGCCAAUACACCUCUUUCCCCGAAGAGUCCAAACUACACGAAUCUUUCUAGUGAGGAGAAAGGCGAUUUGAUCAAUGUGGACAGGUUGAUCUUCCACGAGUCUGACACGAUCUCAGUUCUGCUAGAGUACUGCCCCAAAGACUUGGCUGUUCGGCAAUUUCACCUACGCCCCCAUAAACAGCCAGAGAUCAGCUAUGGGAAAAGGUUCAUGGAAUGUCCUGGAGCUUUCAAGAUCAAGUGCCUGAAAAAAUUCCUCAGGGCGAAACUUGGCAUUGUCAAGAAGGAAACGGUCGAUAUCCUCUACAUGCAAGACAUCCUCCUGGAUGACUUCAGCAUGGUUGACAUCGCGUACAUUUAUGCCUGGAGAGCGAACGAGCCUCUCAAGCUGUAUUACAAGUUUGGAAAUCUCGAGCAGAGGCUUCCUCCAGAGCAAUUGAAUGACGUGCUGAAUAACAAGAGAGAUAAAAUUGUGAUCAAAGGAGAGAACGACCAGGAAGUUGUGGAAUACAUCCAACAGCAGCAGCAGCUGCUGGACCCGAAUCCGAUCCUUCUUCGAGAGACCAAUGGCGCACAGGCUCAACAACAAGUUGACGACGAUGCUAAGAAAGCGAAACGGAAAACAGAGAGCAUCGAUACGACAGCUCCUCCGACGGCCAAGCGUGCGCGGGUCGAAAGCUCUCCUGCUACUCUGAAGCGCGGCGUUGAAGCUGAAAACACGCUAGUCGAGAAGAACUCAUCCUUAGACGUGAUCGAAUCAUCCCUCCAACUGAAUGCACACAAUGCGCAACUGCACACACUGGCACACGUCGCUGCUCAAGCGCAACCCGUUGCAGUUCCGGCUGUGUCGAGAAGUCCAUCUGCUGCAGAUGAUCACGUGUCCCCGGUGACUACAGUCGCCGUGUGCGUCAGUCAGAAUCCACCUCAGUCCUCGUCUUCAUCCCCUCCCUCAUCGUCGUCAUCCUCAUCAUCGUCAGCCUCAUUGGUGUCGACCAUGUCAUCGAACGCUGUCAAUCCACAUAUCUCAGCUGCUGUGCCGAAGAAAGCUGCCCCAACGGUGACUACCAGCUGCACUGCCACCAAGCCGAGUGUCUUGGCCCCACCUAGUGUCAGUAAUAAUCAGGCUCAAAACAUCUCCAUAUCGCACUUGCAAUUACCUCAAAUAGUGAGCAGUGUGGCUCAGCCCCCUCUUUCGAUUGUCGUUCCGAAUGGAAUGACCGCUGAUAAAAUGGCCAUGUGUAGAAUUGGUAAUCCCUCCGCUGUGCCAGCCAAUCCCAGCCAACAGCAGCAUCAGCAACAGCCGCAACAGCAAACUUCUCAACAGCAAAGUCAACAACAGCAGCAGCAUCAAUUCCAUCAGACCUUCCUCAAUCAGCAAUUGAUACAGCAGCAUCUGCAAUCGAUGCUGCAGCAAAACUUCCAGCCUGCAUUUGCGCAGGGCGUCGUUGUGCAAAACUCAAAUGGGACUGUUACAAGCAUCGGAGGUCCGGCAGCUGCAGGCCUACAGCAACAAAUGAGCUUCAUUCUCCCGAAUGGGGUGACUCUUUCCCCGGUGCAGACGCCGCAGGCUUCGACACAUCAGCUUCAAGCUCAUCAUCAGUUACAGCUGCAAACGCAUCAAGUUCAGUCUCUGCAAGCUUCCCAGCAGCAAGGUCAAUCCCAGCAGCCCACGCUGGUCCUGAACAACUCCCCGAUGAAGCUAAUGCCGACGGGUCCGAUGACUGCCCAACAACAGCAACAGCUGCAGCAGCAGCUGAUGCAACAGCAUUUCAUUCAGCAACAACAACACUUGCAAAUAUUGAACUUCCAACAACAGCAGCAGCAGCAGCAGCAGCAACAACAACAGCAGCAGCAGCAACAACAACAACAGCAACAUCAGCAGCAAUUGAACUUGUCCCAACAACAACCUCAAAUACAAAUACAAAACAACAGGAAAGCUCCGAAGCCCCGUCCUCCGAAAAUCAAUCCCCGCAAGACGCCUCCUGCACAAAUCGUAGUUCAAGCAUCGAAUGUUCUGAGUGCCUCGACUGUGACACUUCUCCCACCUGUGACACCGGCUGUUUCGAGUUCCCCAAGCGCUUCUACGGCAAGCACUUGCGCCUCCGCGACGAGCACGUGCGCUCCAACCGUUUCCUUGCCUGGGAUUACCAUACAACCAGUCGUGAUGACAGCGACAUCUCAACCGAAGAGCAAUACGACUCAAAUGCCGCCCGCCUCAACACAGCCGGCGCAUCGAUUGGCUACGGGUGUCGUUCAUGCUGAAAGCUCAAUGUUGUCUCAGCUGAAGCCACCCGCAACGAAGAGCUCCGCACCGAAUAGUCUGCCCGCGACGCUGGAGGUUACAAUAACGCCCAUAGAGUCAAAGACGGCGUCUCCGCCAUCCGGUGGAACCCCGUCUCCGCCAAACUCAUCUCCCUCCCUUAGCUCGUCGUCACCUUAUGAUCCUAUGAAAAGACUACUCAGUCUCAUGCCUCCCGAUCACAAGGAUGUCGACACAAAAACAAGACCCCCAACCCCCGCUUCUCAGGCGUCUGCGGCCAGCACCAGCUCCAGCUCGUCGACAACAACUCCGACCGUAUUAUCGAGCAGCAAAACGGUGCAACCUUUGAAUCGCAAGCUCUCAAUGACUCCAGGUUCUCCACCGAACUCUUUGCCGAACGCGAGCCAGGUCCAACUCCCGACGCAGGGGAAUAGAAAACCUCACAUUCCGAUCGCGGCGUUGCCAAACCGCCCGAUCGCGCCACGACCUGCCCAGGCUUCCACGGCCACAAAUAACAAUAACAACAAGAGUGCACUUCUAUCCACUUCACAGCCGAAAUCCCCCCCGCCGUCCCAUCCGGCUAAGGGUCUGGGUGCUGUAGUAGUCAGUUCAGCUCCGACGCCGGCGUCGAUCAAGUCGUAA